CGUCCUUUUUGGACAAACCUGCUGGAGGAGGAGGACGCCUUCCCCAGCCCUGUUUUGAAAAAAAUCUAAGAAGACGACGCAGCAGCUCUGUUUUUCUUCUCUUCUCCGCCGGGUUUGCUUGGGAAAUCUGCACAGCAGCACGCCAUUGAGAAGAAGUUGCAGUUCGGCUUUGCUCUUCAUUGGGACUAGUCUGUUUUCCCUCGUUUUUUUACUGUCACUCCGUCGAGACGAAAAACCCUGGCCGUUUCAACAACGCUCUGUCGGCGCUCAAGUAUAUUCCUAUAAUCUUAUUGGAGACUUGUUGAAAGCUGAAAAUGGCUGAAGAGGAUGUAGAAGCCGUGGCUGAAGAAAAGGAAGAAAUCAAGUCGUUUAAAGCUCUGGGUUUGUGCGACGAAUUGGUAGAAGCAUGCGAAAGUUUGGGAUGGAAAACCCCAACAAAAAUACAGAUUGAAGCCAUUCCCCAUGCGCUCGAAGGUAAAGACUUGAUUGGACUUGCACAAACAGGUUCUGGCAAAACAGGAGCUUUUGCUCUUCCCAUACUGCAAUCACUUCUAGACUAUCAUUCUAAACAGGAACAUAAAUCUUCUCCGGUAUUCUUUGCUUGUGUGCUCUCUCCGACAAGGGAGCUUGCAAUUCAAAUUGCUGAGCAGUUUGAAGCUUUAGGAUCUGGGAUUGGCCUUAAGUGUGCUGUGCUUGUUGGAGGUGUAGACAUGAUGCAGCAGCAAAUUGCUCUUGGAAAGCGGCCACAUAUUAUUGUUGGGACACCUGGACGUGUUGUUGAUCAUCUGUCCAAUACAAAAGGUUUUUCACUUCGCAUGUUGAAGUACAUGGUAUUAGAUGAGGCAGACAGAUUGCUAAAUGAAGACUUUGAGAAAUCACUCAAUGAGAUUUUGGAUGCUAUCCCGCGUGAGAGGCACACUUACUUAUUUUCUGCAACCAUGACCAAAAAGGUGCGAAAGCUGCAGAGGGCCUGUCUAAGGAAUCCUGUGAAGAUUGAAGCAGCAUCAAAAUAUUCCACUGUUGACACACUGAAGCAGCAGUAUCGUUUCAUACCUGCUAAGUACAAGGAUUGCUAUCUGGUAUAUAUUUUGACAGAGAUGUCCGGGUGUACAUCUAUGGUUUUCACACGAACAUGCGACGCAACUCGCCUUUUGGCUUUGAUUCUUCGAAAUCUUAAUAUUAGAGCCAUUCCCAUUAGUGGCCAAAUGACUCAGUCAAAGAGACUUGGAGCCUUAAAUAAGUUCAAGUCUGGGGAAUGUAACGUUCUUGUCUGCACUGAUGUGGCAAGUAGAGGACUUGAUAUUCCAUCUGUGGAUAUGGUCAUUAAUUAUGAUAUCCCUACAAACUCCAAGGAUUAUAUCCAUCGAGUAGGAAGAACUGCUCGUGCAGGGCGAUCAGGUGUUGCAAUAUCACUGGUAAAUCAGUAUGAGCUGGAGUGGUAUAUACAGAUAGAGAAGCUCAUUGGGAAAAAGUUACCCGAGUAUCCUGCACAAGAAGAGGAAGUGCUGCUGUUACUUGAAAGUGUUACGGAAGCCAAAAGAUUAUCACAGAUGAGAAUGAAGGAAAGUGGAGGCAGGAAGAGGAGAAAGGGUGGAGAUGAUGAUGAGGAAGAUGUGGAGAGAUAUUUAGGUGUCAAGGAUAAGAAGUUCACAAAGAAGAUAAAGAAAAAAUGACGUUAAUUGUUGUCACUGCAAAUUUUGCUUUACAUAUUUUUGUAAUAUCUAAUUUAUUAUUGCCCGUGGAAUGCUGGUAUAGAGUCAGCUAGGAUCAACAUUACCUUAUACAUUUUGUUAUACACUAAUAAUUUUUUUUUACGUAU